AGAAGAGACAUCUCACCCCAUCGGCUCCCCCCUCCUCCUGCCGGAGGACGCAGUAAGCGAGAGGUCAGGAGGGAGUCGGAGAAAGGAUGUCGUAGGAAGCAACCCCUUUCCGUCCAUACAUUCUCGUUUCCUUCAUGUCUCUUUCCUUUUCUCCCAGCCUCUCCACACCCUCCUGGCCUCUCCGCCCCUCCGUCCCUCCACUCCCCUCCCGGACGAGGUUCGAGUGCCGAUCGGGACGGCACUUUGGACGGGUCUGGGGACCGACGCCGCCUCGAAGUCGUCACCGAGGGCAGGCUGCGCACGCAAUCUUCCGAGGGCGCACGGGAGCGGCAGGACCCGCAGCCUCGUCUGGCCCAGGGCGCAGGCACCGUCUUCGUGUCGCCGGCCGCAGCCGCAGCCUCCGCCCCCGAAGCGGACCGAGAGGCUGCGGGGCAUCCGACCGGCGCGCCGGGCGGCCAUGGCGGGCGGGCGGGGCGACCCUGGCGACCUUCGCCGGCUGGUCCUGAAGGUGACCGUCGAGAUCUCCCAGGACCAGGCCGACGUCAUCCUCGUGUGCGAGGGGGAGGAGCCCGCGGCGCUGGCGGCGCAGUUCUGCGCGCGCCACGGCCUGCGGGAGGCCUUCCUGGGCCCGCUCGCGAGGCACAUCCAGGAGAGCCUGGACAAGGUCGCCCGCGGCGAGGUCGUGGCCUGCGACGAGCUGGCGGAGAGCCCCUGCGACGACCUGCCCGGGCGCCGAGCGCCGCCGGGCGCGCGGCGGCGCCGGCGCCGCCGGGCGCGCGCCGGGCGGGCCGCCCCUGGCGGGCGGGCGCGCCAGGCGGUGGCUCCCCGGCGCCUCGCGCCCGCCGGGGAGCCCGGCGGCAUCCACGGCAGGCUCUACGACGAGGCGGCGCAGCGCGAGCUCAAGAUGAGGCACCUGCAGAGCCACUACGCCGGCCUGAAGCAGCAGGAGGAGGACCGCGAGAUGACGUUCAGCCCCAACCUGGAGGCGUCUCAGCGCAGGUGCCCUGGAUCGUCACGGUCGGUCCGAGACCCAGAGGGGCUGGGAGCCAAGAUGAAGCUCGAGAUGAUGCGCGCCGAGGCAGAGCACGAGAAGCUGGCCCAGGAGAGCCUCAUGUUCAAGCCGCAGCUGUUCUCGCGCCUGGAGGCCGUGGCAUCCGGUCGCGAGGCGUCGUCGCCUGGGCGAUCGGUGUCGGCAGGCUCGGUCACGGUGUACGACGACCGCCCCCGGCCCAGCCCGUCGCAGGCCGACCGGCCGGCGGGGCGCGACUGCGCCACCCCGUCGAGGGCCCGGCGCCUCGACUCGGCGAGGUCGGCCCGGUCGGAGGAGCUCCUCGCGCGAGGCGAGGCCUGGACGCCCAUCGCCGACCCGCCGCAGGGGCCGUGGGCGGCCCUCACGCCCGCGUCGCGGGCCGCAGCAGGCCCUGCAGCUGCGGGCCCGGCCGCCAGCGUCGGGUCGGCG